GCGGCUGCCGCGAUGGAGGGGCGGGCGGGCGCCGGAUCUCGGCGGGCCGGCGGCGGACUCGGUGCGGCCGGGCCCACGUCCUCCGGCCGCGCAAUGCGGACACCUGAGGCUCCCUGGGAGCGAUUCUCCGCCUGGCUGGAGUGCGUGUGUGUAGUCACCUUCGACCUGGAACUGGGCCAGGCUCUCGAGCUGGUGUACCCAAGUGACUUCCAGCUUACAGACAAGGAGAAAAGCAGCAUCUGCUACCUGUCCUUUCCUGACUCGCAUUCAGGCUGCCUCGGGGACACUCAGUUCAGUUUCCGCAUGCGUCAGUGUGGAGGGCAAAGGAGCCCUUGGCAUGCCGAUGAUAGGCACUACAACAGUAUGGCCCCGGUGGCACUGCAGAGGGAGCCAGCACACUACCUUGGCUACGUGUACUUCAGGCAGGUGAAGGACAGCUCUGUGAAGAGGGGCUACUUCCAGAAGUCUUUGGUGCUGGUGUCCCGCCUGCCCUUUGUCCGGCUUUUCCAGUCACUGCUAAGCCUGAUUGCCCCUGAGUACUUUGAGAAGCUGGCACCCUGCCUGGAAGCAGUUUGUAAUGAGAUUGACCAAUGGCCAGCCCCUGUGCCUGGGCAGACCCUGAACCUACCUGUCAUGGGAGUCGUCAUCCAGGUGCGCAUCCCAUCCAGAGUGGACAGACCAGAAUCCAGUCCUCUGAAGCAGUGUGCCCAAGAGAACCUGCUGCCAGCCCCAGUGGUCCUUGCCAGUGUCCAUGAACUGGACCUGUUCAGGUGCUUCCGGCCUGUGCUGACCCAUGUGCAGAUGCUGUGGGAGCUUAUGCUCCUUGGGGAGCCUCUAGUGGUUCUGGCACCCUCACCCGACAUGUCCUCAGAGCUAGUGCUGGCCCUGACCAGCUGCCUGCAGCCCCUCAAGUUCUGCUGCGAUUUCCGCCCCUACUUCACUGUCCAUGACAGCGAAUUCAAGGAGCUCACCACACGCACACAAGCCCCCACUGGCCCCAUGUCCUCCGAAUUGGGGAGCCUAAGACAUCAGGUGAGGCAUCCAGGGGCUCAGAAACCAGCUUGGGACCUUAGGGGAUCUGUGACCUCUGAGCCUGUAGGCAUGGCCAGAGCUGUGGCACUGAGGCCUGGCCACUGGGUAUAUUUCACAGGGGAUCUUCCUAAGCAGGUCAAACUGAAAAAGCCCUCAAGGCUGAAGACUCUGGACACCAAGCCAGGCCUCUACACCUCAUACACGGCCCACCUCCACCGGGAUAAGGCACUGCUCAAAAGGCUGCUCAAGGGGGUGCAGAAGAAGCGGCCAUGGGACCUGCAGAGUGCCCUGCUGAGGCAGCGCCUCCUGGAGCUUACCCAGAGCUUCAUCAUCCCCCUGGAGCACUACAUGGCCAGCCUCAUGCCACUGCAGCAGAGCAUCACACCCUGGAAGAGUCCCCCCCAGAUCCGCCCCUUCCGCCAGGAUGACUUCCUACGUAGCCUGGAGCAUGCUGGACCCCAACUCACCUGCAUCCUCAAAGGCGACUGGCUGGGCCUCUACAGGCGGUUUUUCAAGUCACCCCAUUUUGAUGGCUGGUACCGGCAGCGGCACAAAGAGAUGGCCCAGAAGCUGGAGGCUCUGCACCUGGAGGCAAUAUGUGAGGCGAACAUUGAGGCCUGGAUGAAGGACAAGUCGGAGGUGGAGGUAGUAGACCUGGUCUUGAAACUUCGGGAGAAGUUGAUACGGGCACAGGACCAUCAGCUCCCUGUGAAGGAGAUGACACUGCAGCGGGCACAGCUAUACAUCAAGACAGUCAUUGGCUCCCUGCCCAAGGACCUACAGACUGUCCUAUGCCCUCCCUAGCAUGGGGACAAGGUGUGCAGUCCCCAGGGGCCUGGCUCUUCCAAGCCUCUAUUUCCCUGGUGGGGUGGGCCUCCUCCAAGUGAAAGCUCCCAGCCUUAGCCCCUGCCUGCACUGUGGCCCUUUCAGCACCGCCUUUA